GAAGGGCUCAUUGUCCCGCGGCGACCCGGAAGCGGCCGGGCGUCGGGCGAGAGGGACGAGCACUUAGGAGACGAGGCCGGAAGGCAAGUCUGUUGCCCGGAUCAUGGCGGGGACGGCGCUCAAGAGGCUGAUGGCCGAGUACAAACAAUUAACACUGAAUCCUCCAGAAGGAAUUGUGGCAGGCCCCAUGAAUGAAGAGAAUUUUUUUGAAUGGGAGGCAUUGAUCAUGGGCCCAGAAGACACAUGUUUUGAGUUUGGUGUAUUUCCUGCCAUCCUGAGCUUCCCACUUGAUUACCCGUUAAGUCCACCAAAGAUGAGAUUUACCUGUGAGAUGUUCCAUCCCAACAUCUACCCUGAUGGGAGAGUCUGCAUUUCCAUCCUUCACGCCCCAGGCGACGACCCCAUGGGCUAUGAGAGCAGCGCCGAGCGGUGGAGCCCAGUGCAGAGCGUGGAGAAGAUCCUCCUGUCGGUGGUGAGCAUGCUGGCAGAGCCCAACGAUGAAAGCGGAGCUAACGUGGAUGCUUCCAAAAUGUGGCGGGAUGACCGGGAGCAGUUCUGUAGGAUUGCCAAGCAGAUCGUGCAGAAGUCCCUGGGGCUCUGAGGCUGCGCCCGCGCGUGUACAAACAGACCACCAAGUAGCUCCCAGUGCUGCUUCUCUGGGACACUUGGUGACAGAGACACUCUGCGCUGGUACCAAAAAGGCAAAGCUUGCAGAGCCACAGCAUCUGUUCCCCACCUUUCCCCGUCCAGACAGGCUUCUCUGCUGGAGCGACGGCUUCUGCAGGAUGGCGACAGCUGGGUGCCCUUUGAGAGUAUUCCUGGUGAGGCCGUCAUGCAGGCGGUCGGAGCCGUCACCACUACCUCUCCCAGCCGAAGCGCCCGUGCACCAGUGCUGAGUGGCUUCCCCUCCCUCCCGGAGUGUGAGGGGAACCUGCCAGGUUUCCGGGGCGUGACGGAAGGGAGCCUUGUCUCCACAGCAAGUGUGGGUUUUGCCUCUGCUUUAUAGGCAAGCGUUUUCCUUGCAUUUCCUUUCUCAUUUGUUGUGUUUUACAAACUGUCACACUUAGAAACACUUUCAGAAAACAAAUACUUUUAAAAUGUGGGUGAAUGAAAAACGGGGUACAAACAGGUUGCUGUUGGUCGUAAAGACCGUUUUCCUGACCAUGUUUAUCCCAGGCAGACGUUUGCGUCUCAGUCACCAGUGCAUUACUGGGCAGGGACAUGGGAGACCAAGUAGUUGGGUCUCUUCUGGGUCUGGGGGUUUGUCUUCUCCCAUCUGAACUGGGGGCUCUGCGGCGUCCACUGUGGUGGCAAACAGAGCUUCAGCUGCUAGGACGGUUGUUCCUUGCGACACCGGGUGGAAGGAAAUCCCAUUAGCUGGGAGUACGCAGCGUGCCUUACCCCUGACGCGACCGGCGCUUCUGGACGUGUGGCACGCGGGUCCCAGGCCGCAGGGGGCAGAGCACUGACUGCGGUAUGCGACUUCGAUGUGGACUGGAUGUUGCCCAGCAUGGGCCACUCGGCAGCACGGUGCCAGGGGCACCACCAUAAGCAAUAACAGACCUGUCUCAGAUCAUUUAUUGGGCCUGUUUCAGACAGGCUAAAUAGUAAUUUCUAUUUUUGAAAUAAGGGACAGUGUGCAAGACAUGCAGUGGAUUUCACUGAGCGUUGGCCUGUCCUCCCCUCAUGAGACAGCUCGUGGGAAGGAGGCCUCCCAUGUGAUUUCUUGGUGUUGACAAGGCCUGGCUGAAGGGGCUCCGUCUCUGGCAUCCGGAAACCUUCCCCGAGGGAAUCACUUAAACGUCCUGAUACAGUAUGAGAAUGUGUAUUGGGGGGAUCAGGAAAGAGGUAUUGUUCCUGGAAGUAUUGCAGGCAUAUCAAAUGAGACAGUGCUCUCGCAAAGGGGAAGAGUAGUUGGUGGGGUGGCUGUGGUCCGUGGACGUGGAGUGUGGCCGUCGUAGCCAUGUCAGCAGGGGCCUGUGGGGGCUUCCAUGAAAUCUGAAGGAAGAGAGGCAGUCUCUUGGCAAACAAAGUAUUUUUAUUCAUUUGUAUUUAUUAAAUGGAAAAAAGAAUCCUAUGGUGUCCUCUUCCUAUGGUGUUUAGUGACUACAUUAAAAAUAAAGUGAUAUAUUUUCCCCCA